AUGCUGGCACCCAUUUAUGAUGAAGCUGCGGAAAAAGUUCAUUCGGAAUUCAAUCAACCUGGUAGAAUUGUUAUGGGAAAAGUUGAUUGCGAUAGAGACAGCUCCAUAGCUUCCAGGUUUCACAUAACAAAAUAUCCAACACUGAAAUUAUUUCGUAAUGGACAACCAGCGAAAAGAGAAUACAGAGGGCAAAGAUCGGCUGAUGCUUUUGUAGAAUUUAUUAAAAAUCAAUUAGAAGAUCCUAUAAAAGAAUUUUCACACAUAAGUGAAUUGAAUAAUCUUGAUGGGAAAAAAAGAAUUGUUAUCGGUUAUUUUGACAAAAAGGAUGUACCUGAAUAUUCGACAUUUAGAAGAGUAGCAACAAAUUUAAAAGAAGAUUGUCAAUUUUAUGUAGGAUUUGGCGAUGCUUCGAAACAAAUGCAUCCUCCUAAUCAACCGAUAAUAGUUUUUCGACCGGAUAGAGAUCGUUCGAAUGAAGCAGACGAAACAUUUACCGGAAAUCUGAAUAGUUACGACGAAGUAAAUAUUUGGAUGACGGAAAGAUGCGUUCCACUCGUGAGAGAAAUAACAUUUCAAAAUGCCGAAGAACUGACGGAAGAAGGAUUGCCUUUUUUAAUAUUGUUUCACAAACCUGACGACCUUGAAAGUAUUAAAAAAUUUAAUGAUGUUGUUCAGCGAGAAUUAAUUUCAGAAAAACAAAAUAUAAAUUUUUUGACCGCUGACGGAGUCAAAUUUGCUCAUCCCCUUCAUCAUUUGGGAAAAUCCGUGAGCGAUUUGCCUCUGAUCGCAAUCGACAGUUUUAGGCACAUGUACUUGUUUCCGGAUGCGAGUCAAAUGGAAAUCCCCGGCAAACUUAAAACAUUCCUCAAGGAUUUGUAUUCAGGGAAACUUCACAGAGAUUUUCACAACAAGCCAGAAUUUCCAACAUUGGACAAUCGAAUCAAAUCAUCGAACGAAAUUGAAAAAGUCAAAGCUCCAACGACGCCACCCGAAUCCACAUUUAAAAAAUUAGCACCGUCUAAAAAUAGAUAUACACUAUUGAAAGAUGAAUUAUAA